AUUUGAUGUAGCAGUUAUUUUAUAAACACACGCCAGCUUGAAAGCCAAAUAAAAUACAGUGACAUUUUGAGUGUUAUGCCUAUGUAACGCUAGUGAUGGGUGGCUUAGUUUCCAAGCCUACAAACAUUGAUACCAAAAGCCUUAUUUUUCUAUUUUUUUUGACUCAAUAUAUAUAAAAUGGAACAGCCACCUGUCAUUGCCUCUGAAGAGGUUAAGAAGCCAAGAAAACGCUUUGUUGGCCGUGCUAAAAAGGCAGCUUCCGACGAUGCCAAAACUGAAGGCGGUGCUAUCGAAGACGGCGCUGUUGGGUUUGCCAAGGCACCAAGAGCACGUAACAAUCGUGUGGCUAAUCAAGUGCCUGACGAGAUCUUAAAUGACACUUUAUUAAACAAAUCUAUCGAAACUAUCCCUGCCAAUUACAACUUUGAAAUCCACAAAACUGUUUGGAGAGUUAGAAAGGCCAAGGCUAAGAGAGUGGCUCUUCAGUUGCCCGAAGGUUUGAUGAUGUUUGCUUGUCUGAUUGCUGAUAUCCUUGAAAUUUUCUGCGAUGCUGAGACAUUGAUCAUGGGAGAUGUUACAUACGGUGCCUGCUGUAUCGACGAUUAUACUGCUCGUGCGCUCGGAUGUGAUUUUUUGGUGCAUUAUGGACACAGUUGUCUGGUACCAGUCGAUAUUACUACGAUUGAAACACUUUAUGUCUUUGUUGACAUUGGAAUUGAUACACAGCAUUUUAUUGCAACUGUAAAGAAAAAUUUCGAAAAAGGGAAAAGACUUGUGCUGGUGGGCACAAUUCAAUUUGCGGCAGCACUUCAAGCAUCAAGGGAAUCCCUCUCAGAAGAUUACACAGUAUUUAUUCCGCAAUCAAAACCCUUAUCACCAGGUGAGAUUUUAGGUUGUACAUCGCCAAAACUAACAGACAUGGAUUAUAUCGUAUGUAUCGGUGAUGGUCGCUUCCAUUUAGAAUCAAUUAUGAUCCACAACCCUCAUUUACCCGCUUUUCAAUAUAAUCCCUACGGCAAAACAUUUACACGUGAAAGAUAUGAUCAUAAUGAAAUGCACUCUCUUCGCAAGCAUGCAAUUUCUGUGGCUAAGGAUGCAAAGAAAUAUGGCCUUGUGCUGGGCACUUUGGGCCGCCAAGGCAAACCUCAAAUUUUAGAAUAUUUGGAACAAUGUAUCAAAGAACAAGGAAAAGAAUCAGUGAAUGUCCUGUUAUCCGAGAUUUUCCCCGGUAAACUUGAGCAGUUCGAGGAUGUUGAUGCCUGGAUUCAAAUCGCAUGCCCUAGACUUUCUAUUGAUUGGGGUUAUGCAUUCCCCAAGCCUUUAUUAACACCUUAUGAGGCGUCAAUUGCUUUAGGCAAAGCGGAAUGGCAGGAUGUUUACCCCAUGGAUUUUUAUGCCAACGAUAGUUUAGGCCCAUGGACACCUAACCAUGGACGGGGAGCACCCCGUAAGAGAAGACCAAUGACCAAUGAACAAAGUCCUAAAGAGCAGAUCCAAUAAAUUAGAAAUUUAUUUAUAAUAUCAAAACUCAAUGUAUAUUUUUGCAGCUCUGUGUAGUUAAGCAAUCUACCAAUAAAAUAUUAUUUGCGUAUGAUACAA